AUGGAGCGAAAGCUGCGGAACACACCUGCUCCUUCGGUCCUUGCUUUCUCCAUUCUGCGGAUGAUCGACACCGAAAAAAAACAAGAAAACCGUUUGCCAAACACUCGAAAUGGCAUUUUCAAAACGAUAAGCAUCCAAAAUGGCUCCUCAGAGCAUCCUCCUGUAAAUCUCCAAAAUUCAAAGAAGAAAUAUGUUCGUCCGCGCAUUUCUAUGAUGCCUAUUGGUACUCCAAGAGUGCCUUACAGAACGCCAGGUGAAGGAACUUGGCAGUGGGUUGAUCUCUGGAAUGCUCUUUAUCGAGAACGUGUAAUUUUUAUUGGGCAGCAUAUAGAUGAAGAAUUUAGCAACCAGGUGUUGGCAACUAUGUUGUACCUUGACAGCAUUGACGACUCAAAGAAGAUGCAUCUGUACAUCAAUGGCCCGGGUGGAGACCUCACUCCCAGUAUGGCCAUAUAUGACACUAUGCAAAGUUUGAAAAGUCCAGUUGCCACCAACUGUGUUGGCUAUGCCUAUAACUUGGCAGGCUUUCUUCUUGCUGCCGGAGAAAAGGGUAACCGAGUUGCCAUGCCUCUUUGUAGAAUUGCUCUUCAAUCCCCAGCAGGAGCAGCCCGGGGUCAGGCUGAUGAUGUAAGAAAUGAAGCAAAUGAACUUCUUCGCAUUCGAGAUUAUCUUUUUGGAGAGUUGGCAAGAAAGACGGGUCAACCGAUUGAGAAGACCCAGAUCAAGCCAGUUGCUCCUCAAACAAUUGUACGGAGAACAGGGAGUUGG